CUAAAAAUAGAUACUGGAAAUCGGAGUAACAGAGCGGGAAGUUAAAAAUAAAAUAAAAUAAAAAUACCAUCGUUCUCCACCACCUUCCUCCUCCUUUCUUGCGAAAUCUCACAAUCCACAAAUCCCCCAGAAAAUGGCUGACAGAAGCGGCGUCGUCACCGUCUACGGCAAAGGCGCCAUAUACGAAACCACCAGCAAGUCUUCCCCGUUCUCCGUCAAAGUCGGCCUCGCCCAAAUGCUCCGCGGUGGCGUCAUCAUGGACGUCGUCAACCCCGCCCAGGCCCGUAUCGCCGAGGAAUCCGGUGCCUGCGCCGUCAUGGCCCUCGAGCGCGUCCCCUCCGAUAUCCGAUCACAGGGUGGUGUUGCUCGAAUGUCCGAUCCCCAGCUCAUCAAGGAGAUCAAGCGCUCCGUCACCAUCCCCGUCAUGGCCAAAGCCCGCAUCGGCCAUUUUGUCGAGGCCCAAAUCCUCGAAGCCAUCGGCGUCGACUACGUCGACGAGAGCGAAGUCCUCACCCUCGCCGACGACGAGCACCACAUCAACAAGCACAAUUUUCGAGUCCCGUUCGUCUGCGGAUGCCGGGAUCUCGGCGAGGCGCUCCGCCGGAUCCGCGAGGGCGCCGCGAUGAUCCGGACGAAGGGGGAAGCCGGCACCGGGAACAUCGUCGAAGCCGUUCGGCACGUCCGGCACGUGAUGGGGGACAUCAGGGUCUUGAGGAACAUGGACGACGACGAGGUGUUUGCGUACGCGAAGAGAAUCUCGGCCCCGUACGAUCUCAUGAUGCAGACGAAGCAGGUCGGGAGGCUGCCGGUGGUGCAUUUUGCCGCCGGCGGCGUGGCGACUCCCGCAGACGCGGCGCUGAUGAUGCAGUUGGGGUGCGACGGGGUUUUCGUCGGGUCGGGUGUGUUCAAGAGCAGCGACCCGGCCCGGAGAGCCCGGGCGAUUGUGCAGGCUUCGACCCAUUACAGUGACCCGGAUGUGCUGGCGGACAUCAGCUGCGGAUUGGGCGAGGCAAUGGCCGGGAUUAAUCUGAACGACGAGAAGGUCGAGAGGUUCGCAUUUCGGUCUGACUGAAACGGUGAGUUUUGAGUUUGGAGCUUUUUGGUGAUCCCCAAAGGGCUAAAAGCUUAAAGUUUUCAACUUUUAGAACCAUAUGAACAUUGCCCGUAUACACCAUUUGUGGUAAAUUUAAAUUUCAUGGCUCAGCCGGAUUUAUUUCUGGAAUUUUUAUUUCUUCUUUCUUUUGUUAUUUCCGAAAUAAUGUUUCACAUGUAUAUAACAAAAGUAUAACACUAUAUCGUGUUCA